AUCCUUCAGUCUCCAGUUAGCUUUCGUCCGGUGUAGACGUGCGUGUCAUUGUUCGUGACGGGAACGGACAUCCCUCGGGUGUACGGUUUGGUGUGUGAUAUCAGCUGGGAGGGGUCUACAACACUUCCAGACUGUCUGCUUCUUCUACUUCGGGGCACAAAGUGCUAACGGUGACUUGUGUAAAUACAAACACGUCUGUUAGUUUCGGUUGGUGUAUCAUUUUUCCCGUCGUCAUCGUCGUCGUCGUUGUCGUGUUCUGUUUUGGAGCAUAAAAUUACCAGACCAUAUUUUUGUAAUGCUGUUCUUACCAUGGGCGAACGGUUGAGCAAAAGGGACAAGUAGGAAAAUUCUCAUUUUCUCUCUCCCAGCUGCCAGUGUGACACGUCCUUGUUUUAUGUACGCUUUGAAUAUCCUCUCUCGACUAUCGCGGUCGUCGCCUACUGUAUCAGUCGCCAGUCCUCCUAGAAACGCGUAUCCCUUUUGAUCGUAGUCGUCCGUGUCCGUCGCCUGCUGCCUGGCUGCUGUCAAAGGGAGGAAGUGAUGAUGGCUGCAAAAAUGGAUGCGUGAAUAAAAGUGAAAAAAUUGAUCUUCCUCCAUCGAACGCGCGUGCAAAACGGGAAACUUACUUUGAUCGCGGUCCGGCAAUGCAAGUCAAACGAAUGGAUUUAGUGAAAUAAGAGGCUCGUUGUUCGAUAGAAAACCAGUAUGUCCGAUGAGGGAAAAGCUGUGAAUAUGCUAUGGGUCAGGCGAAAAAUCAAUUUUCGUGCUAAGUGAAAGUUUUCCCUGGCUAGAAGUGUUUGAAAAUAUCGCAGUUCGUGAUUUAAGGAUGGGUGUGAAAUGCAAUCGUCCUGCUACGAUAGAAGUGGCGUGCUAGUUGAUUGAAUUUAAAUAGGAUGAAAAAAUUGUAAUGAAAUACCCCACACGCCAAAAAAAGGUGUGGUGCGUCAGUCCCCGUCGUCUUCGUCCCGUGUGCAUAAGGAAAAGCCAGUGAAAAUUUUCCGAUAUAGCAACUACACCAACAAAGCUCGCACGAAACACACGGUAACAGUGCACAGCAAUAACAUCAAUAGCUGAAACAGGAGCAGCAGCAGCAGGAGGAAUAAACAGGAUACUCCUUUCCAGAGAGAGAAAGAGAGAAAGUAUGGGAGAGUGAGAGAGCGAAGAAAACAAGGAUACUCUUUCUCUUCCGAGGAGAGAGUUGUUGACAGUUGUGAAGGCGUUCUCAGUGCUCACAGCUGCAGCAAUUUCGUGUAAACACAGACUGACUGUCCUUUGGGAAGUGGGAGUCCCGUGACAGGAUUUUUAAAAGCCGUGACAGCGGACGACAGCUGAACAGGAUCAAGGAGGACGCGAAAUUGUGGUAACAAUGACUAUUCCAGUAUUUUUGGAAGGCCGCGUCGGUUCAACGCCGGACAAGGGCGUCCCGGAUAUGACAUGCAUCUCGGACAUUGACGAAAAUGGCAUCAACCGCAACUUGCAAGUGCGCUACGAACGGGACCAGAUUUAUACCUACACGGGAUCGAUUCUGGUUGCCGUCAAUCCGUACAAAGAAAUCGAGUGCUAUACGCAGAAAUAUGUGUCAAAAUACCACGGUCAGAAACUGGGUCUGCUGGAACCCCAUGUGUUCGCUCUUGCCGAAGCGGCAUACAGAAACAUUCGCGAUAACGAAACAAAUCAGUCAUGUGUCAUCUCCGGUGAAUCCGGUGCCGGCAAGACCGAAACCACCAAAUUCAUCCUGCAGUACCUGUGCUCGGUGACGUGCGAUGUAUCCACCUGGGUCCAGCAGCAGAUCCUCGAAGCCAACACAAUCCUGGAAGCGUUUGGCAAUGCCAAAACCAUCCGAAAUGACAACAGCUCCCGGUUCGGCAAGUUCAUGCAGGUAUGCUUCGACUCCAAAUGGUGCAUCAAGGGUUGCAUCAUUCAGGACUACCUGCUGGAGCAGUCGCGAAUAACGUUUCAAAGCCCGGGGGAACGGAACUACCACGUGCUCUACCAGCUGAUAGCCGAGGGUUGCAACAACAAAGAAGUGGCUGCAUUCUUGCACAUGAAGGAUGCAGCCUUCUAUCGGUAUCUGAAUUCUUCCGAGUCUUCCGCUCAGGAUGAACUGGACAUCGCAGCCGAAUCGAAGAAAUUCGAAGCCUUGCGACUAGCGUUCAAUGUGCUACAGAUCUCGCAACCCUUGAUCGAUGGGAUCUUUAAGGUACUUAGUGCCAUACUGUGGUUAGGUAAUUUGGACUUUGCCGACAUUGACGGCGAACGGUGUGAACUAACGGAGGAGGACAAAACGAUCGUUCCGAUCGUGGCAGAAUUGCUUGGACUGCAGGUCAGUGAUUUAGAGCAGGUACUGCAGAAACGGCAGAUCAAUGUUCGAGGGAACAUCACAGAGAUUCCAUUGAAGCUGCCGGAGGCUCGCGAGAAUCGACACGCCAUGGCAAAGGCACUGUAUUCGACGACUUUCGCAUGGUUGAUCAGUCACAUCAAUACCUGCAUCAAUCCGGGUCAGGAUGCGUCCCGAUUUUUGGGGGUGCUGGACAUCUUCGGGUUUGAGAACUUCAAUACCAACUCGUUCGAACAGUUGUGCAUCAACUACACCAACGAAAAACUGCACAAGUUCUUCAAUCACUACGUGUUUGCUCUGGAGCAGGAAAUUUACCGUCAAGAGGAGAUUAAAUUCUCGCAUAUCCAGUUCACGGACAACACUCAGUGUUUGGAGUUGAUCGAGAAGCCACCCCGCUGUAUUCUGAAGCUUCUAACGGAGCAGUGCCAUAUGCCAAAGGGUUCGGACACGGCCUACCUUACCAAUCUGCACGGUGAGUUUGAGAGUCAUCCCCGAUACGUCAAAGGUCAAGAUCGACGGCACUGGGAGUCGGAGUUUGGUAUCCGACACUACGCGGGUUGUGUAAGCUAUACGGUUAAAGGCUUCGUGGACAAGAACCGGGACGUUCUGCAGGAUGUGCUUUUCGAUCACAUGAGUCGGAGUUCGAAUAGCUUCGUUCAGGAGAUCGCAUCUUUCCAGGAUUUGCUUUCCAUCCAGCAGGUGCAGACGGCUUCCACGGUGGGAACCGUUUCUCGAGGGACGUCCAAGGGGAAACUCACGGUUAGUGAUACCUUCCGGCAGCAGUUACAGGCUUUGGUUGAUGUGCUGCAGAGCACGAACCCUUGGUACGUCCGCUGCAUCAAACCGAAUGCGGACAAGUUGCCAAACGACUACGACGAUCAGUUGGUAUUGGAUCAACUCCGGUAUCUGGGCAUGCUGGACAUCAUUCGGAUCCGUCGGGAAGGUUUCCCGGUACAUCUGACCUUCGAUGAUUUCGUUCAGCGGUACCAAUGCCUCACGAAGCGCUUCCAAAAUCUCUCCAGCAAAGAUCAGGCCCUGGCCGUUAUUCGGGAACUUAACGUCCCGCAAACGGAGUGGCAAACCGGCAUAACCAAAGUAUUUCUACGGAGCGUUGUCCACGAACCGCUCGAGGACGCCCGUAAGCAGGUCAUCCACUCGAAGGCCUUGAUAAUCCAAAGAAACUGGAAGCGGUACAGCCAGCAACGAAGCUACGGAAAGAUACGGAUAGCCGCACUCAGGAUACAGCAUGCCUACAAAGGGUGGAAGCUGCGGAUCGAGUUUCUCAAGAAGCGUCGAGCGGCGAUCGUUAUCCAGAGUCACCUGCGGGGGGUUUUUGCGAGGGAGGUGGCAACGGCGCUACGCGAAAUGCGUCGCGUGGACGAAGAGAUGCGAAAGAGGGAACGACUGGAAGCGGAACGCAAGGAACGGGAGGCAGCGCAAGCCGAAGCCGACCGAAGGGCACUGGAGGAAAGUGAAAGGGUGGCUAAGCAAGAGAUCCUCGCCCUAUCGCAAAUGGCAGAGCAAAUUAACUCCAAGCUACACUCGCAACAGCAACAGCAUGCAGCCAACAACAACAAUAACAACAACAAUAUCGGCAAAGAUGCCCUCCUUAAUGGGAAUGCCAGUUCCGGUACCGCAUCACCGGCUAUACCGGUGACCACUUCCGGUGGUGCCAACCAUGCCCAUCAGCAGAGCAACGAAUCGGUCGAUCUUGAUAAUCUGUUCGCCUUUCUUAGCGAGGUGCAACCGAACGGUGUCAAUUCCAACGCCAUUAUCGACGAAAUUGGCGAUCAGAUGGACAACCUGGUGGAAGACUUGGACGUGGAGCUAGAGUCGGUGAUUCAGCAGGAGAUCGAGGGACUGACGAGUGAGCGGAAUAAUAAUGUCAGCAGCCGGGGACCAUCGGCACCACCGCCAAUGGUUAAUGGAAUUGCCGCGAAUGGAAUCAAUAACAAUAAUAACAGCAUCGUGAGCAAUAAACCGACGACACCGAAACCAAUGGGAAUCCCAUCCCUCCCGGAACCAACAAUGCCACCACCACCGAUCCCAACGGACAACAACAACAGUUCACUGCCAAACCCGGUUCCGAUUCCGUCCACGAUGGACCAGCACCACAUCCGCCACAAGGAGGAACCCAUCUACGAAGCGGUUAUUCAUCUCAAAGAGCUUCCACCACCUCCGGAGGUACACGAGAAAGUUCCUCCUGUUCCGCAGCACCAACCCGGACAAAUACCUACAGCCCUGCAACAGCAACAACUCCAAGCGCAGCACCAGCUGCAGCUGGCAGCCCAUCAGCUCAGCCUGCAGCAACAACUUCAGCAGCAACAGCACACCAACCACGCUCCACCACCGCCUCCGCAUGCCCACGGAGUUAUCCACCAGCCACAAAGUCUGGAGAACGGUGGUCACAAACUGCGACCCAAGAGUCCAGCCGUCAUCCGCUCCGCUAGUCCGGUUCAACGGGGUUCCGGUGGACCGAUGAGUCCUUCCUCACCAAAGCACAGCCGUCCGAGCUCAAGGACUUCCUCAACCGGCGGUGGGCAUCCGUUGGCCGAACGGGAACAACGAAGGAAGUACCGAGUGGAGAAAAAGCUCCAGGAGAUGCAGCAACUGGAUAUAACCGAGCGAGAGAAGGAAUUACUGCGGGAUGAUGUGUACUACGACAUACUGGAAUUUGCUGAGAGUUACUACAAUACUCAUGAGCGAUCCCCAGAGGGAACCAUAAUGGCGACCCUGACGCGGAAGGGGCGCAAGUCAGUCGACAUGGUUCCGAAAUAUGAGAUGAUAACGUACUACCGGGGUAAUACGAUUCCUACGUCACACAUUCACAUGUACGAUCCGGAGAAUGUGACCCUAGCGUGCAAUAUUUUUAGGGAUCUCUGCAAAUACACCCGUGGCGAGUUGAGCAGCGAGAAGGAACUGCAGGUGAUACAGUUCAUCAUCGGGCAGGGAAUCGAGCGGGAAGAGCUGCGGGAUGAAAUCUUUGUGCAAUGUAUGCGUCAGGCAACGAACAAUCCGAGCGUGGACUGGACCGAUCGGGUGUGGCUGCUGCUCUGUCUGACCAUUGUGGCGUUCCAGCCAAGCAAACUACUGUUCCGGUACUUUGUGAGCUUUCUGAAGAAGAAUCUGGAGUCACUGGAGGGCAAGCUGAGGCAGUACGUUCAGUGGUGUCUCGAUAACUGCAAGAAUACGAAGGUGCGCUGCCGGCAGUAUGCGCCGUCAAGCGUGGAAGUGGCGGCCAUGCGGCGGCUGGGAACGAUUGUGUGUCGGUUCUUCUUCCUAGACGGACGUACCAAGGCCAUUGACGUUCACCCGACGGACACGGCCAGCGAUGCCGUCGCCAAGCUUGCGGAGAAGCUGGGCCUAUGCAACAUCGAAGGCUGGGCCAUCUAUCAGUCGCGACCGGACGGGGAGGAACAUGUCAAGUCACACGAUUAUCUGUAUGACAUAAUUGCCGCCUGGGAAGCUAAACAAACCAAAAUCCAUGCUGGAAGCUCGACACUGCGCAAAAAUGCCACCACUUUGGGUUCGGGUGAGAAUCGGUUCGUUUUCAAGAAGCGACUGUUCAAGAGUACCCGUGAACUGUCGCAGGAUCCGGUCGAGGUCAACAUGCUGUAUGCGCAGGCCGUGUACAGCGUGGUGAAGUGUGAUGACUUCCCCGUAUCGGAGAAGGUAGCCCUCCAGCUGGCCGGUCUACAGGCUCAGGUUGCGCUUGGUGAUCCUUCGAAUCAACCCAAACCGGAGUACUACUCGGAUGUGGGCAGUUAUCUUCCGGAACGUAUCAGCAAAACUCGCGAAGAGCAGUUCUGGGUUCCGAUCUUGGCUCAAGCCCAUCGCCAGUACGGUGCCGGCCGUACGGAACUAACCGCUAAGGUCUUGUAUCUUUCUUGUGUGAUGCAGUAUCCGCUGUACGGUACCACAAUGUUCGCUGUAUCGUACCGGGGCUAUUGGAGCUACGGAAAUAGUCUGAUCCUCGGCGUCAACUGCGAGGGUAUUAUCCUGAUCAAGCCGGACGAUAAGUUUGUGCUGUACGAGUUCCGCUACAGUGAUAUCGAGUCGAUCAUGCUAGAUCCGAGCGAUAGCUUCAUUACGAUCAGCCUGAACCGUCAUACAAGCACAAACACUACCACGGAUCAGCAGCGAUGCUUCGUGUUCGAAACGUCGCAGAAGAACGAGAUCGGUUCGCUGAUCGUGUCUUACUUCCCGGCGCUAUCGAACUGGAUAACUGAGAACGAGGUCCCCGCUAAGAAGAGCAAGGGGAUCACCAACGAAGAUCGCGUCAGGCUGCAUCACAAUGUGGUUGUAUGUCGGCGACACCUGGUGGAUGCGGAGAUCCUACGAAAGCCGCAAGAUCCUAGCGGUGGCUUUUUGAGGAAUACACUUCGGCGGCUGUCAAAGCAUCGGCUGGAGAAACUCCGUGCGGAACACGGCAGUCCAGUGCAUGAUCACGGUGAAACAUACAAAGGGUUCCCACAUGCGUACUGGGCCUUCAGUAGGCAACCAUUGCCGCAGAGCUUGAGCAAGCUGCCGGAUCAGGAGGAACAGUCCAUGAUGCAGGUGUUCAACUCGAUCUUGACCUACGCUGGGCUGGGUCAGAACGGUGAAACUGUUCAACGAGCCGAAGACGAGCACAUCACCUUGAUUCAAUCGAUCAUGGAUCGAUGCAUGCGAAAGGAAUCUCUGCUGAACGAACUGUACCUGCAGUUGAUCAAGCAAACGACUGACCAUCCCGAUCCGAACUCACGUGUAAACCUACGUCACUGGGCCCUGCUUUCGUUGGCAUGUAGCGUAAUUCUUCCCCCGCAGAAAGUAGUUAGGAAAUAUUUGAUAGGUCAUUUGAAACGAUGCGCUAGCGACUUCAUUAGCGAGGAAGGCAAGUAUGCUCGGUUUGCUGAGAAGUGCUUCUUCAAGACGCAGGGAACUCGUCGACGGCAAUGGCCUCCGAGCCGGGAGGAGAUCGUAUGUACGAUUAAUCGUAGACCGAUUUAUGCCCGGUUCCACUUCAUGGACGGGCAGUACCACUCGGUAGAGUUCCAUCCGAGUUCGACUUCGAGGGAAGUCAUGGAGAUUGUUAAGAAGAAGAUUGGACUGCAGGAAAACGCACAAGGCUACGCAAUCUACGAAGUGCUAGGUGCUUCCGAACGCGCACUGCUUCCGGACGAGAAGGUUGCGGAUGUGAUGUCCAAAUGGGAGAAGUACCGUACCGCGGCGGCACAAGCUGUCCAGCAGAAUCAGAGUUCGAACCUAGCGCCAGCUUGCCGACGGCAGCAUCAUCUGUUCCUGUUCAAGAAGCAUCUCUUCUGCGAUCAGUAUAUUAAUCUUGAAGAUCCGGUGGAGAAGGAACUGCUGUACCAUCAGGUGUUGCACGGUUUACGGACCGAGCGGUUCCCGAUUUCCGAGAUGGAGGCGAUCAUGUUAACGGCCCUGCAAGGCCAGCUGGAACUGGGUGACUGCUCGGACGUUGUCCAGGACUACCGUGCGAUUGCGGCCCACUGUCUACCGCCACGCUUCGUACCGAACAUCCCGCACGAGGGUGUGGCCAUGCAUCACCAAAGUUUGCGAGGAAUGACUCCGGCCGAAGCGAAGAAGUCCUUCCUCAAUCUGAUUCAAAGCUGGCCCCUGCACAAGGCUACCAUCUUUGAUGUGAUGCAAUCGUUUACUUCCAACUGGCCUCGGAUACUAUGGCUGGCGGUGGACCAGAAGGGACUGCACCUGCUGGAGCACCGUUCGCGCAACACGCUCUGCACCUAUGAGUACCAGUCGAUCCUGUCGUUCUCGCCGAACAUGAACUGUCUGAUGAUCAUCACCGGGUCGGACAAGAAGCAGUCGAAGGUCAUUCUGACGACGGCGCAGGCCUUCCAAAUUGCCAACCUGAUCCGUGAGUACAUGGAGGUCAUCCAGACGCAGAUGAGCGAUGAAACACAAAAGGAGAAUGCGGGACCGGGAGCACCUCAGGUACCACCCCACAAUCAGCCGCUUCCGCCACCACAUCAGAAUCUUACUCCACAACAGCAGCAGCAGCAGCAGUUACAAUUGCAGCAUCAGCAGCAAGCGUUGAUACAGCAACAGGAUCAUCGGAAAGGUCAAGGCCAAGGUGGUCAGCAAAGGCCUGCUUCGAUGGCGAUGCUGCGGCAAUCGGGCGCUGCUCUAGUCGCUCCGCAACCAAGUUAAGGUAUGAUUUUGGGAGUUACAGAGUAUUAGCGUAAAUAUCAGCAGCAAUUGUAUAACCCGUUCGAUGCAUUAAAUACGGAAAGUUUACAAUAAUUGAAUGUGUGAGAGACUGAAAGUAAAAAAAAAACGUAAAUAGUUAUUGGACUCAGUGAGGUUUGAUAAUCGAUGCAGGACAGUUUUAGACCAGUCGAUUACGAUCGAAAGUGUACGAUUGGAUCUCAGUCAUGACGCAUGGAAAUCAAAAUUUUCUACUUAAAUAAAUAUAAAAUUGUCCCAUGAAAUCAAACAUAACCAAGAACAACUAACAGAAAACUUUAAUAAUCAAACUUUGUAUAAACAAAAUAUCGGUUAAGACUUUGGACAACAAUUUUGAUUUUCGUUGCGUCACUGAAACAAAAAAAAAAUUAUCUAAAGUAGUUAAAUUUCGUAGUUUCCGUUACCUGAGAAGUGAAUAAGGGGAAAUUAAACAUAUAACACACUCAUACUAGUAGAAUCUCCCAAGUCUGUAUUUAUUGCGCGCUUCGAUGAUCUCAUUUAGUCGAAAUAAUAAGUACGCAAUUAUUGCUCACAAAAAAAAAAAAAAGAAAAUGCAAAACCAAGUACAUUGUAAGUUUAAAAAUAGUUUCCGAAUCUAACCAAAACGGGCUUGUUAUUAGCGAUUCACAGAUAUGUAUAACGAUUUAAAUCAGAAGCGCCUUUCACAACCCCUGACUGAGCACAAAUUCACUACUACUGCCGCUCUGUUUUUAUAUGACGCGUCUUUCAUUCUCUAUUUUUUAUUUUACUUUUUACAACAAUUCUACCGUACACACUCACACUGUUUCACGAAUUGUUUGGGACUCAGGCCAUUACGAGUAAAAUUUAGUAUUCUACCUUUAGCUAUUUUCCUUCUACGUCAUUUUUAAUUUUCGAUGAAAAAUCGUGUGAUAUGCUGUGUUGAUUUUCUAUCAGUGCAUUGACCUACGCAGAAGUCUUUUUUGAUACAAAUUUAUUUUUUGUGUAAUUAUUUACCACUUAGGAAAUGUCGGAGAGUUUAAGCUAAAUUAUAAUUAAGUAGACAUAUGUACGAAUGUGAGUAAUUUAUUUAUAAAUGAUUAUUUAUUUGUAAAAACAAAAUAUUGGCCAUAAUAGACUUUUCAGUUUACUCAGUUGAUGAAAACUACUAACGAUACUAACACACUUACACUAAUAGAAACUUUUUAAACAAAACUAUACACGAAACCCCGCUUUUAACCAAAACACUUGCAUAUACAUUCUUAAAGUUUACUUCAACUCAAGAUAAUUUAAGAAUUUUAUUUACCAAAUCUUACCAAGUAGGGUAUAACAAACUGAGAAACAAAACAAAAAUAUAUAGUGAAAGUCUAAACAAA